AUGGUGUUCGGCAGCCCUUACUCGGACCAGUACCCCAAGGGGGUCUGGGAGAGCCUCAAGCGGAGCCGCCGAGGCAAGGACAUGUUCGGCCCGCUUAUUUCCGCUUUAAACGCCACCAGGAUAUAUAACCACGUGUUGAAGCACAGCAAGGGUUACUGGAUGUUCAGCAUCGCCGGCGGUUGUUUGAGCUGCUACGCUCUCGGCACCGCCUGCGACGCCUUCUGGAGGCACGUGAACAAGGGGAGGCUCUACAUCGACCUUCCAUACAAGUCCCCGGAGUCUGAAGACUAG